AUCAACCGCUAAAAAUGAGCUUUUUAGCUUCUUCCGGCGCUUGCAAGUGUCGUGGUUGACUGUCGGAUCGUGCUGCAUCGCCUUCGUUCUUACCAUGGGCCGACUUCUGAGUCUCGCGAUGCCCUAGCUCAUUCGGCAACCAUCGUCGGCCAGAGAGGUUAGCUCUAGCGGAGAUUUACUGGCGGUGAAAAAGCCACUUGUGCGUUUAAACAGCGAUCAUUUCAUUUACCGCCACCCAUUCACUCCUAGAUCUGUUCAUGGUUGAGGAGUUGAGUCUCGGAAAGUCAUUGGCUCUCCACAGAUGACAGAGAAGAUUAAGUUAUUAUGUUGCUAUGAUGGAAAGUUGGUUGUUGAAGGGGACGGUGUGGCACCUACAUAUGUAGGUGGGAUACAGAGGCCCAUCAAAGUUGAUAGAUCGAGUACAUUAGAUGAUGUGAGGAGGAAAAUAUUUGAAGUCACAAAAAUUGAUCCACUUGCCUAUUCGCUAGUUUUGACUUGCAAGUAUCCUAUCCAUGGGGGUGCUUAUCGAGCUGUAGCAUUGACAAAUGAUGAGAUAGUUGAUUGCAUGCUUGAUGAAUCUUCAGUUGGAGGGGCUAUUGAGUUGUAUGUAGAGAAGGAUAUUAUUCCAAGAAAAACUGGGAAUGACAUUCCUAUUGUCUCAUCCUCUGUUACAAUUGAUGAAUAUGUUGAAACUACCAGAGAAGAAUCAGUAACAGAGAAGGCCCCAUGUAUCCUGGAGGCCACUACAGGUAACUCAGGAGUGACUAUUGCUUCUCCGUUGGUGCAGAAUGAUCCCUUCUUGUUACAUAAGAACAUUAAUAAUGUCUCUAAGAAACCAUCUGAGCGUGAAGGUGAAACCAUCAACUUUGUGCAGGGUGGAAUGCCAAGGAAGUGCUACCAUAUGUUAUCCAUGCGCGAUUGGCCUCUUACACAUCCUAUAAUGAUUGACCAACUCAACCAAGCCGGGUUCCUUGUUGCCAAUUCCUUACAGUGGCUGCACCUUGAUAUGCAUCUCCUUUGUGCAGUAAUCGAGAGAUGGCGUCCUGAGACAAACACCUUUCACUUGCAUAACAUCGAGAUCAGCCUGACCUUGCAAGAUGUAGCUGUGUUGACUGGCUUGGUGGUGGAUGGUUUGCCAGUAACUGCAGCUCGUGAUGUUGGGGGGCUUGAAUCACGAUGGGCUACUUGGACGGAGUGCUGCAAUGAGCUUCUUGGGAGGGCACCCAUGGAUAUUAUAGACAGUGCAGCAAAGUUAAAGCUCGCCUGGCUUCGAGACAAUUUUAAGGAUGUACCCGAGAAUGCAUCUGCGGAAACUGCAGCAUACCAUACCAGGGCUUACAUCAUGCACAUGCUAGGUAGCUGGAUUGUUCCCAAUCGAUCAGGCAAUGCAGUUCCAUGCCGUUAUCUCCCAUUGUUAGAAGAUUUCGAGAAGUGCGGUCGGACUGCUUUUGGUGCAGCAAGCCUUGCUUACUUAUAUAGGGAGUUGAGCCGUGCAUCAAGGGAAAGUGUGAAGAGACUGGCCGGUAACAUUCAUCUUCUUCAGUUGUGGGCUUGGGAACAUCUAAAGGUAGGUCGCCCAAUCAUGCAAGAGGGUGACUAUGGAGGAGGUCCAUAUCCUGGACCUUUAGGUAUCAGGUGGCAAGGGGAGCGUCGACAUCGGAGACCUAUGGGGCAUUUGAUGUUUUACAGAAGAGAGCUUAAUCUUGCUGAUGGUAGAUGGGUUAUCUGGAAACCUUAUUCUAAAAAUCUUCUUGACCGAUUACCUGCUAUCUGCACUGCUGGAAAAGGGGUGUGGCAGUCCCGAGCUCCUUUAAUUCACUUUGACAUUGUUGAAAUGCAUUUCCCUGACCGAGUAAUGAGGCAAUUUGGAAUGAAGCAACAUUCACCAAAACCUGUUGAGUCUAUUGAGCAAAUCAAUUCUCGUCGUAAGCCUGGCGCCAAUUGGCUGGAACAACACUAUGCCUAUCUAGCAAGAUGGGCUCAAAGACACCUUCUGGUUGUGAAGGAGGAGCACCAGCCAGAACUGUCAAAUAACGAUGGGAAUGUUGGCGGUCCUCAAGGCUUUGCAUGUGGAGAAGAUGAGAAAUCUGAGGAAGCUGCUUGCCAGCUUCAAGGGUACAUGGGGAAAGACUUGAUCCAUCUGGUCAACCGGUUGCAUGCACAGCUUAACGAUCAUCUCCUCGAGUGUGAAAAGCCAUGCUUGCUGUACAAGAUGUUAGCUGAGAUAGAUCACACCUAUGGUGUUCAUGGUCUUCAUCACAUGCUAGGCCCAUUGCCUUCCUCGCCACUGUCACAGCCUGCACUCCCAGAAUCUUCGGCAUUAUCUGCAAUGCAAAUGCAAAAUUGGCAGCAGCAGGAAGAAUUGCAGGGAAAUGCAUCUUUUGAUAAAUCUCUUGGUAAGCCAUUGCUAAUGCUGUUUGCUCGAUCUCCAAUGAGACAGGGAAAGACUCGGGGUCGGAAGCAAGGAUCAAUCAGAGCACCUUAAUCCAUUCUGGUUCUCCUAAAUUAAGGUUGUGGUUGGUACGGCUUUUCUAUUGCUUCUUAAAAUAAUUUUUUAAGUAUAAAAAUAAAAAAAAUUAAUUAUAAAGCUGUUUUAAAAAACAGAAAGAAAACCGUCCGAAACAAAGCCUAAAAUUCUUUGUAUAAUCAGCUUCCCUUCACCAGAUAUUGUAAUUUUCAUAUAUCCAGCUAGGUUUAUAGAUAUUCAUCACCUGCUGGUAACUUUGUUUAGUUUUCACAAGUGAUAUAAAACAACAGGUUGAGGAAGAAAAUGGUGUUCAA